AUUUUCUGCAAUUUGUGAAAAUUUAAAAACAUUUAAUUAACUAGUUUAAGUCCAUAAUUAAAGCAUAUAUUUUGGUUCAUUUGAUGUAGAAGCAUCAAUAAAGGAUGAACGCGUUUUUAGAGUUCAUCGAAAUUGAUAACUUUAAGAGUUAUAAAGGAAAAGUCAUUAUUGGUCCAUUAAAAAAGUUUACAGCAGUAAUUGGACCAAAUGGAAGCGGCAAAUCGAACUUUAUGGAUGCCAUUUCAUUUGUUAUGGGAGAAAAAACAACAUCACUUCGUGUCAGAAAACUAGGAGAUUUAAUUCAUGGAGCAUCCAUUGGACGUCCAAUAUCAAGACAUGCAUCUGUAACUGCUAAAUUUAAGUUAACUGAUGGAACUGACGUUAGUUUUUGUCGUACAGUCACUGGAUCCGGUUCAGAUCAUCGAAUUAAUGGCUCGAGUGUUACUAGUUCCGUUUAUGCUACAGAAUUAGAGAAAUUGGGCAUUAAUGUCAAGGCAAAAAACUUUUUGGUCUUUCAAGGUGCCGUCGAAAAUAUCGCAAUGAAAAAUGCAAAAGAACGUACUCAACUAUUUGAAGAAAUUAGUGGAUCUGGAUUGCUUAAAGAUGAAUAUAACUCACUAAAGCAGGAGAUGAUGAGUGCUGAGGAAGAAACACAAUUUACCUAUCAGAAAAAGAAGGGCGUUGCUGCUGAACGAAAAGAAGCAAAAUUAGAAAAGCAAGAAGCCGAAAGAUAUGCUCGUUUGCGUGAUGAAUAUACAGAAAAACAAGUUGUAUUCCAUUUAUAUAAGUUAUACCAUAAUGAAAAGGACAUACAGCGAUAUAAUGAUGACCAUAAAUCAAAGCAACAAGAAUCCAAGAAACUGGAAGAUAAGAAAAGUCGUGCAGAUGAAGUGUUGCGUGACAAAAAGAAGGAAGGUGGAAAGAUUGCACGAGAUUUAGCUAAAAUUGAACAGGAUAUUCGAGAAGCUGAAAGUGAUAUGAAUAAGAAACAUCCAUUGUACAUUAAAGCAAAGGAAAAAGUCGCACAUACUCAAAAGAAACUUGAUGGAGCUCUAAAAACUCUCGAACAAGCUCGAAAAGCAGACGAAGCACAUCAAUCAGACAUUAAAAAACUCGACGACGAAUUAAACAUAAUUGUUGAUAAGAAGAAGAAUUUUGAGCAAGAAAUUGCACUAGAUUCAAAGAAACGAGGCAGCAAUAUUCAUUUGGAACAGGAUUUCCUCAAAGAAUAUGACCGUUUGAAGCAACAAGCCGAUCUCAAAUCAGCCAAGUAUCUCGCAAAAUUAGACAGCAUUAAUCGAGAGCAAAAAUCUGAACAAGAUUUGCUCGACUCUGAAGUCAAUAAAAAGUCACAGCUUGAAGAGACAUUCAAAAAGUACAGCAGUGAAAAGGAGGAAGCAGUAAAGAGAAAAGAGAAAUUAAUAGAACAUAUUAAGUCAAGUGAAGCUCAAUUACACGAACAGAUGAGAAAUAAGGAAGAAUUGAGUAAUGAUGUUGGAUGUUCUCGUGAGCGUCAAUUAGAAUUACAACGUGAAAUUCAGGAUGUCAAUGAUCAACUUGGAGAUGCCAAGAAUGAUAAACACGAAGAUGCUCGCCGAAAAAAGAAGCAAGAAGUCGUUGAAAUGUUUAAACGUGAGAUUCCUGGCGUGUAUGAUCGAAUGAUUAACAUGUGUCAGCCUACAAAUAAGAGAUAUAAUGUGGCUGUUACUAAGGUUUUGGGAAAAUAUAUGGAAGCCAUUAUCGUCGAUACCGAAAAGACAGCACGAAAAUGUAUUCAAAUGCUAAAAGAUCAAAAAUUGGAAGUUGAAACUUUUCUACCUCUUGAUUAUUUACAAGCUAAGCCAUUAAAAGAACGACUUAGAACAAUUCAAAGCCCAAAAGGCGUUCAUUUAAUUUAUGAUGUUCUCCGAUUCGACCCACCAGACAUAGAACGAGCUGUUUUGUUUGCAACAAACAAUGCAUUAGUUUGUGAGACGCCAGAAGAUGCUAUGAAAGUAGCAUAUGAGAUGGAUCGUAGUCGAUAUGAUGCACUUGCUUUGGAUGGAACGUUCUAUCAAAAAUCUGGUAUUAUUUCUGGUGGUUCUCAUGAUUUGGCAAGAAAAGCUAAACGAUGGGACGAGAAACAUAUGAAUACAUUAAAGUUACAGAAGGAAAAGUUGAAUGAGGAACUAAAGGAUGUGACGAAGAAGACACGAAAACAAAGUGAAUUAACAACAAUUGAAUCUCAAAUUAAAGGUAUUGAGAACCGUCUUAAAUAUAGUAAAAAUGAUUUGUCGACAAGUGACAAAACAAUUCGUGAUUAUGAUCGUUGGAUUAAUGAUCUUCAAAAAGAGCUUGACCUUAUUGGACCAAAUAUCAGCGAAAUUGAACGUCGAAUGAUGAAUCGUGAUGCCAAAAUUCAGGAAAUUAAAGGAAAAAUGAAUACUGUCGAGGACGAGUAUUUUAAGAGUUUCUGUAAGAAAAUUGGCGUUGCCAAUAUUCGUCAAUAUGAGGAUCGUGAAUUAGUCUUGCAGCAAGAACGUGACAAGAAACUUGCUGAAUUCGAACAACAAAUUGAUCGAAUAAAUACAAAUUUAGAUUUUGAGCGUAGUAAAGAUACAUCCAAGAAUGUACAGCGAUGGGAACGAACAGUACAAGAUGACGAAGAUUCAUUGGAAUCGCUUAAACAAGCUGAAAAGCGUCAUCGAGAUGAGAUUGAUAAGGAUAAAGAGAAAAUUGAAACUUUAAAGUUAGAGAAACAAAAUAAAAAGAAGCUUGUCGAUGAAAUGGAAGAAGAUACAUCUAAAGCACGACGUGAUGUCGCUUCCUUAGCAAAGGACAUAGCCUCACUAUCCCAUCAAAUUCAGUCCAUUGAAAAUAAAAUUGAUACAAAACGGAAUGAAAGAUUAAAUAUUCUACGUCAAUGUAAAAUGGAUGACAUUCAAAUACCAAUGGUCGGUAAAGGAAGUCUAGAUGAUUUUCUUACAGAUCAAGACACAUCAGAUCCAUCAACAUCGAGUAACAUUCAGUCGAAAAUUAAUGACAUACAAGUUGAUUAUCGGCUAUUAACGAGAAAUUUGAAAGAUAUUGAUGAGCCUGAUCAGGUUAAAAAACAAGGUGAUUCACUAAAUAAGGAACUACAGCAGAAACUCGAUACAAUUGAGAAGAUUCAAACGCCAAACUUAAAGGCAAUGCAGAAACUCGAUGCAGUCACGGAGAAAAUUCAAACGACAAAUGAGGAAUUUGAGAAUGCAAAACGAAAAGCUAAAAAAGCCAAGGCAUCAUUUGAAAAAGUCAAGAAUGAGCGAAUUAGUCGAUUUAAUAAAUGUCUAAAUCACAUUUCGGAAGCAAUUGAUGGAAUUUAUAAAGCAUUAUCGAGAAAUGAUGCUGCACAAGCAUUUUUAAAUCCUGACAAUCCAGAAGAGUCUUAUAUUGACGGUAUUAAUUACAAUUGUGUAGCACCUGGCAAGCGUUUUCAGCCAAUGAGUAAUCUUAGUGGUGGUGAAAAAACAAUUGCUGCACUUGCUCUACUUUUUGCUAUCCACAGCUAUCAUCCAUCACCAUUUUUCGUGCUUGACGAGAUUGAUGCUGCACUUGAUAACACAAACAUUGGAAAAGUCGCUAAAUAUAUCAGAGAACAGCAAGACUUGCAGACAAUUGUAAUUUCAUUGAAAGAAGAAUUUUAUGGACAUGCUGACAUUUUGAUUGGAAUUACACCACAACCGUCAGAUUGCUUAGUGUCUCGUGCAUAUUUAUAUGAUUUAACUAAUUUUGAGAGUAAUGAUUAGAUGGAUAUCCCUAAUAACAACAACAAUAUUAAGUAAUUGAUUUUUUUUUAUUAAAAUUAUUAUUUAAAUUUAAAUGUCUACAAAUAAAUUUUAGAAAAGCUGUAUUUAUAACAAAGUUCCUCGGUGUUUCUUGACUUUAACAACUUCCUCUUCUCCUUGAUCCUUUGCCUUUUGUUUCCUUCUUUCAAGCUGUUUCUCAAUAAUCUUUGCAUUCAUAGCAAACGACUCGGCUAUUUCCUUUUCAGUAAUUUCAUCAUUUUCUUCCUCAAUUGUCGAUACAGUCACGCUGCUGAACUUUCCAAGAUUCUUAAUCUGCUUCUUGACAAAAACUUUCUUUUGUUGUGGAACAAUGUUCUUUGCAUCUUGUGCAUCAUUUUUAGCUCUUAAUGAUUUUGCAAUGAUGAAUGUCACUGCUGGAUUAUCAAAUGUAUAGAAAAGUGGAAGUUUGCACUUUUUGCAGUUGAAUCUCUUCUGCAUUUCAAUUCCUUUCGUUCGCUUGAUGUAAAUCUUGUCUGGAUUAUCCAAGUUGCAUGUGAUUUUGUAUGCUAUUUUUGUGGAAUCAAGCACUCUAGCUCCAUCUUCCUUCCUUAACGGCAGUUUCUCUAAAAUCGAUAUAUUCUUGUCAGAUGUUUUCUCUGGUUCCGAUAGAAUCAAUGAAAGCUGUCCACACAGGCAGAAGAAUGUCUUAAGUCGCUCUUCCUCAUAUUCAUGCUUAAAAUCAUCUCUUUCUUUUGAUGAAUCAGAACAAACUAUACUUUUUGAGAUGAUUUUCGGCAUUCUCGAGUGAUUUGUUGUCUUGUAUUCUAAUGGUUGAGCUGAAUAGCUUAGCUUCUGUGUUUAUGACGUGAUUAAGCCUUGUUAAUAGCUGUAUGUUUUGAUUUAAUUAAGGUUUCGCGAGUUUUCCAAUUUAUUUGUUUUGUUAUUGACACUGAG